AUGAAGGCAGCUGGAGCAUGGUUCAUUGCGGCUGCAUCAAUUGCGUCUGUCGCUGCUGAGCCUUCGCGGCCUCGUGGUGUAGGACCCGAGUUUGCAAAGUUCUACAAGGAUGCUGAAUCAUUUACUUGCAUUUCCAAUCCAUCCAUCAAGAUCCCUUUCUCCCAAGUCAACGACGACUAUUGCGACUGCCCUGAUGGCUCCGAUGAGCCUGGCACCUCUGCCUGCUCCUACCUCUCCCCACUCUCGCCUUCCACCCUUUCCGACACCACGAACAAGGAUCAGAUAAACUCUACACAAGUCUUGCCUGGUUUCUACUGCAAGAACAAGGGCCAUCAGCCUAGCUACGUCCCCUACACCAGCGUCAACGACGGAUUCUGCGACUACGACCUCUGCUGUGAUGGUAGCGAAGAGUGGGCUGGCGUCGGCGGUGUCAAGUGCCAGGACAAGUGCGCAGAGAUUGGCAAGGAGUGGAGAAAGAAGACCGAGACGCGCCAGCGUGCUCGGAACAACGCCAACAAGAAGAGAAACGAGUACACCGCCGAGGCCUCACGCUUGAGAAAGGAGGUCGAGGACAGAAUCAAGACUUUGCAGACACAACUCACCGCUUCUGAGAUCCACGUCACGGAUAUGGAGAGAGAGUUGGCUGAAGUCGAACGUCGUGAGAAGGGCAAGAUUGUCAAGAGCCAGGGCGCUAAGCAGGGCAAGAUGGGUGUACUGGUCGGUCUUGCAAAACAGAGAACCGAGGAGCUGAGAGAUCAUCUCGUCCGCGUUCGCCAGGAGCGUGAUACCUCCAAGGACCGUGUCAAGGAGCUGGAAGCUAUCUUGACCACAUUUAAGGAGGAGUACAACCCCAACUUUAACGACGAAGGUGUCAAGAGAGCUGUUCGUGCUUGGGAGGAUUACGCUGCUCGUGACAAGAGUGGCGACGAUACUUCGGCACAUGAUAGAGACCUCAACGAAAUUACUAAGACCGACAAGGACAACGGUCUCGACUGGGAGACAUACCUUGAGGCCGAUGGUGAAGAUGUCGAAGUUUUGUACGAGAUUGAGAACUAUCUCCCCAAGCCUCUUCGUGAUUGGGUUGACCAAAAGCUGCGCGAUCUCCGCGUUCUUCUCAUCGAGAAUGGUAUCCUCGCCGAUCUUUCUUCCGAAGGCGGCGAGUCAGCUGCCGUCAAUGGUGCAAAGGACCGUCUCAAGUCUGUCCAAGAUGCCGUCAACUCGCAACGUAGAGACCUCGACUCCCACAACGAAGACCUGAACAAGGAGUACGGCCCCGAUGGCGUCUUCCGCGCCCUCAAGGGCCAAUGCAUCUCCGUUGACUCUGGCGAAUACACCUACGAACUCUGCUUCAUGGAACACACCACCCAAAAGUCAAAGAAAGGUGGCAGCAACACACGCAUGGGCAACUUUGUCCGCUUCGACAAGAUCACCGUCGACGAAGAAGUUUCUGCCGAUGGCAAGGGUCUUGGUUCUGGCGAGCGUAUCGCCAUGAGACAUGAGAAUGGCCAACACUGCUGGAACGGACCCAACCGUAGCACUACCGUCAUCUUGGCCUGUGCCGAGCAAAACGAAAUCUGGAAGGUCUUUGAGGAGGAAAAGUGUGUGUAUCGUAUGGAGGUUGGCUCGCCUGCUGUCUGUGAGGCUUUGAAGAAGGCAGAAGCCGUCAAGGAUGAGCUGUAA